CUCAGAAGAAGGCAGCCCCGGCAGAGGCCCCAUUGAUGACUGGACAGCUGGGCCCAGGCCAUGGGAAGAAGCUGGGCCAUCGGGGCGUGGACGCAUCUGGGGAAACCACCUACAAGAAGACCACCUCCUCCACCCUGAAGGGGGCCAUCCAGCUGGGCAUCGGCUACACCGUGGGCAACCUGAGCUCCAAGCCGGAGCGUGACGUGCUCAUGCAGGACUUCUACGUGGUGGAGAGCAUCUUCUUCCCCAGCGAAGGCAGCAACCUCACCCCUGCCCACCACUUCCAGGACUUCAGGUUCAAGACCUAUGCACCCGUUGCCUUCCGCUACUUCCGGGAGCUGUUUGGGAUCCGGCCAGAUGAUUACUUGUACUCCCUGUGCAAUGAGCCGCUGAUUGAACUCUCCAACCCGGGUGCCAGUGGCUCCCUCUUCUACGUCACCAGCGAUGAUGAGUUCAUCAUCAAGACGGUUAUGCACAAGGAGGCGGAGUUCCUGCAGAAACUGCUGCCCGGCUACUACAUGAACCUCAACCAGAACCCACGGACGCUGCUGCCCAAGUUCUACGGGCUGUACUGUGUGCAGUCGGGGGGCAAGAACAUCCGUGUGGUGGUGAUGAACAAUAUCUUGCCGCGCGUGGUCAAGAUGCACCUCAAGUUUGACCUCAAGGGCUCCACGUACAAGCGGCGGGCCAGCAAGAAGGAGAAGGAGAAGAGCAUCCCCACCUACAAGGACCUGGACUUCAUCCAGGACAUGCCCGAGGGCCUCAUGCUGGACGCCGACACCUUCAGCGCCCUCGUCAAGACGCUGCAGCGUGACUGCCUGGUGCUGGAGAGCUUCAAGAUCAUGGACUACAGCCUGCUCCUGGGCGUACACAACAUCGACCAGCAGGAACGCGAGCGCCAGGCCGAGGGCGCCCAGAGCACUGCUGACGAGAAGCGGCCCGUGGGCCAGAAGGCGCUCUAUUCCACGGCCAUGGAGUCCAUCCAGGGUGGGGCUGCACGUGGCGAGGCCAUCGAGACGGACGACACGAUGGGCGGGAUCCCUGCUGUGAAUGGCCGCGGCGAGCGCCUGCUGCUGCACAUUGGCAUCAUCGACAUCCUGCAGUCCUACAGGUUCAUCAAGAAGCUGGAACACACCUGGAAGGCCCUCGUCCACGACGGGGACACAGUCUCCGUCCACCGCCCCAGCUUCUAUGCUGAGCGCUUCUUCAAGUUCAUGAGCAACACGGUCUUCCGGAAGAAUUCCUCCCUGAAGUCCUCACCGUCCAAGAAGGGGCGUGGUGCCCUGCUGGCCGUCAAGCCCCUUGGGCCCACGGCUGCCUUCUCAGCCAGCCAGAUCCCCAGUGAGCGGGAGGAGGCUCAGUACGACCUGCGGGGGGCCCGCAGCUACCCCACGCUAGAGGAUGAAGGCCGGCCCGACCUGCUGCCCUGCACGCCGCCCUCCUUUGAAGAAGCCACUACCGCCUCCAUUGCCACAACCCUAUCAUCCACCUCCCUCUCCAUUCCCGAGCGGUCACCCUCUGAGACGUCAGAGCAGCCGCGCUACAGGCGACGUACUCAGUCCUCGGGACACGAUGGCCGGCCUCAGGAGGAGGUGCCUGUGGAGGAGGACCUGCAGCAGAUCACGGUGCAGGUGGAGCCCACGUGCAGCGUGGAGAUCGUGGUCCCCAAGGAGGCAGCUGCAGGGGUGGAGGCUCCCUCAGCCUGUGCGUCAGCCGCAGCGGAAGCAGAAACCACCAGCCAGGCCUCAGAGCCUGCUAGCCAGGCCUCGGACGAGGAUGACGCACCAGCGACCGACAUCUACUUCUUCACGGAUGGGAGGUACUGGAUGUACUCACCCCGCCAUCGCCGCCUGCGGGCCGGGACGCCGAGCUCCUCGGGGACUGUAAGUGACCGCAGCCAGCCUUGGGGCGCCAGACCCGCCGGCCACCCCAGGGACAAGGGGUCAGGCAGGACCAGGGAGAGGGGAGGUGGGGGGAGCACGCAGCAAGCCCGCCUCCCGCCUCUGCCGCCUGCUGCGCCACCCGCCGUGCCGCCCACCUUGUCUGGACUAACUGCCUCCCUGCGUGUCCCACUGCCACCCCGCACUGUCACCUUGCUGUUCCUGCCGAGCCCACAGCUGUUCCAGCCCACCGACGAGAGGUGCUGGGUGUACUCCCCGCUCCACUAUAGCACGCAGGCCCAGCCGGCCUCCGACGGCGAGAGCGACACAGGAGCCCAGGGCAUGGCCCUAGACACCCCAGGUGGCAGGUGGGGAAGCAGAGGUGGGAGGGAGGAUGCUAGUAGCUCGGGCUCCUUAGGCGCCGUGGUGGCCAUGCGUAAUUUCUAUGCAGACUCCCACCCAGAACCGAGCGACCGCCGCAACCUUGGCUACUGCCUGGAGCCGCUGCCUGCUCAUCUCAGGCCGGAGCGCUGGGGACGCCUGCCCGCCGCCCACAGGGCCUCGCACGACCACCCCCAGAGCCCCUGUCGUCCUCCCUUCCGGAUGGAUGCCGGCAGCCGAGCCCCUUCCCCACCCGGCAGCUCCCAGCACUGCCUGAAGGAUUCUUCUCCCGACGUGAAGGCGACAGUCCGGCUGGCGUCCAUCCCGCAGGGCACGAUUGCUGCUAAAGGGGAGAGUACGCGGUUUAGCCUCUCUGCGGAUUGGGACAGUGAGACAGGUUCCGCUCUCUCGGCUUAG